GUCCUCAUUAAAAUUAAUCGCCAUCCAUGAACGCCAUUUGACAAACCAUUGCCCAUCUGUAAAAUCAGCCGAACGACGUUUCAGCAAACUGAUUGCAUUACAAUUCGCUUGUUAUGAAGAGCACAACUGCCAGGAGAGCCAGAACUCGCAUCCAUGCUCGGUACAUGUAGAGAUUGUACGUACUUCAUAGCCCGAUAGGCAGGUGGAUGAUACAGAAAUAUCUGGUUCUUCUAGUGAACUCAUCCCGCCACAGCUGCUUCCUCUCGAGCACGGCUGAGCCACCCUGCAACUUCGGCACUCAGCAUUCGCCGCUGUGCCAUCUAAUCUAGUCUGCAAUAUCAAGUCAUCAAGCGCCAGCUUUCUCGUUAGGCUUGCACCUUGACGACGAGCAUACUGUACAUCUAUCACCUCUGGACGCGUAUUUUACGUGAUGAAUACAUCCACCAGACAGUAUGGAGACCUGGCAACCCAACUCAUUCAAGAAUCGCGUCGAUCGACUGCGACCGACACGCUUUUGAAGUACAACGACGUGCUUGUGCGGACGAUUGUUCGAGAGCAGCGUCAACUCGAAUCCCUCAUCCAGUCUGCUCUUUCAAAUCAAGACGGUCUUGACCCUGGAAAUGACCCCAUGACCCCGACAGUACUUUUGUAUCAAACAGCAAUUCUUCGUAACAAACGCUGUCUCCUCGCCUACCACCAUCAUCGGAUAGAACGACUGAAGGACCUUUACUGGUCCGUCGGCGGUGCUUUACCUCUUCUUCUUUCAACACAUGCGACUGCACCUUCGAAUGCUGCCAAUAUGGGUGCGGAUGCAACUUCUGCGCCCGCGGACAUACGGUCGAAACUCUCGCCGCACGAAGUUGACUUCUUAAGGUCGUACAAUGCGUCCCUACUUACUUUCCGAUCGGGAGUGCUGGCGACAGAAGAAGUUGAUCUCUUCGCUCCCAUACUCAAACCGCCGAAGGAUUUGCACGUUCUUGUUCGCGUCGUUCUCGACUGCGGUGUUAUUCAGACGGAGGUCGGAGCAAUCGACUUCCGUCGUGGGCAACGAUUCAUGGUUAGACGUGCGGAUGUGGAGCAUCUCAUCGUGCAGGGCUAUUUAGAGGAAGUUUAAUGUACUUAUUCUGGUGUUCGAUGUAAGUUUGUCCUGCUGCUUCUUGAUAUGACGAUCUGUUGCUCAGGCUGAAUGCAAGAUAAAUGAACCUUGCUAUCAAAUUUUCUUGUGACAGUCGCUCGAUAAGCCCAUAUGGAUUCCGGAAUACAUCGAGCUCGGACUUGUGGAACCUCCGAUUUGGCCACCACCGAUGAGAGCUUAAUCCCAACAACAUUUACGUCUCAUGCUCUCCCUCUCCCAACCGAUUUGAAAAGGCUUGAAGAACAGCGUAGGCCUCGGUCGCGAGGGGUGGACAACGGACUGGGCGAGUGCAUCUCCCGGCGUUCCUGGCCCUCCACUGGGCUUACUACAUAUAAGCUUUGAUGGUAGGGGAAAGAAUCAUAAAUGGAACCGUGGCAAGAAACAAAGGGAAUACUGUAGAGGGGAAUUUGAUUUCGUAGCCUUUCUUGACAGAUGGCGUUAGUACUGGUGAUAAGCACAAGCUUUCUACUCAGGCUUAUAAGUAACGUCAUGAUGUACCUUGUUUUCUAAACCUACAAUAUCUCCAUAGAGAUGUUCUCAGCUUUGU